AUGAACCAUAACAUUAAAGAUGAGUUGAAGGAAAAACUGACAGAUAGACAAUUCAAGCUAUUUUCCAAAACUGUUUUUGGAAAAUAUAUGGAGAUGCAAGUUGACACCGACGUGCAGGGUCAGUUAUUUAGGUAUUUUAUGCUUAGGGAGUUGAAGCGUAGUAAUAGCGAUGCGUUUGUUAUCGAUAUUAACGGGACAGAAUUGACAUUCGGUCUUUUUGAAUUUGCUUUAAUUACUGGUUUGAAGUGUUACAGGGAUGAAGUUGUCUUUGACGAGGGUUCUAACAGAUUGUUGGAUCAAUAUUUUGGUGGUUCUGGUAAUAGUGUUUUAAAGAUGACUUUAAAUAAGUGCUUUGAAGACAAGGAUUGGGGUGUUGGUGAUAACGCAUAUGAAGAUGCUGUAAAGAUUGCUAUCCUGUAUUUCAUUCAUAAUUACAUACUUUCAAGUGAAAAGAGGAACGUUGUUGUCCCAAGACAUCAUUUUGACUUGGUGGAGAGUGAACAGUACAAUGAACAUACUUGGGGUAAGGAAGCAUUUGAUGAUUUGAUUAAGAGUAUUCACCACAAGAUGGACAAGCCAAAGCAGUUUUAUUGUCUACGGGGGUUCCCUUUUGCUAUGCAAGUGUGGAUAUAUGAGUGUUGCUCUAAUGUUGACCCUAAUUUAAUGGUUAAAACCGGAAGCCGAAUCCCAAGAAUGUUUAAUUGGAGAACACUGAACCCAAAGCCAUCUGUUAACUACUUGAUGUUGGGCAUGUUUAGGGACGGUGAGGACACCAGUUGUAAAUUCAACAACAUUGUUCCGACCAUAUCAGAGGUUGAAAAGCUUGGUCUGCGUGCAUAUCUGGUCAACAGACGUGCACCACCACCCCAAUCACACCAAAAGGAGGAAAAUGAAUAUGCUGAUUUUACCACUACACCUCCCCAUGUUGCCGCUGCCAAGAAAACUCAAAAGAACGAUGCUUCAAAAUCUCCACCGCACAAGAAGCCCAGGAAGAUGUCAACGACAGCAUUGCAUGUUCAGAAGUCACCAACCACUAUCCCAAAAAAACCUACAGUUGGACAAUCAUCUAAAAAAUCUGCUUCGAUGGUAGAUAAGCCAGUUCAAUCAAAGGAAAAAGAAAAAGCUGCUCCAAGUGUCCACCGCGUUCCUGUUGAUGAUGUAUCCACCAGCAAAUCAGUUGACCUCACAAGUUUGAGGCAGGAACUUGAUCAAUUUAAGCAGGAAGUGCUUGGUGAAUUCAAGGUUGUUUCUACUGAGCUCAAGGAUCUUCGCAAAACUAUUGAUAAAAAUUUCAAAAAGGUUUUGAAACAUGUCAAAGGGAAACAAAACUCAGAAAAGGAUGAUGACAGUGAAACUCAUGUUCCUUUACAUGAUGGCAACAUACAUCAACAAGCUGAUGAUUACAUGGACCAUGAUGACGAUAUUCACAUGGAGACUAAUACGGGUGAUGUGCAUCCAACAGAGGAGAAGGGUAUUGCACCGGAUAUUCAAGUCGGUAUUGGCAAUGAUAGCGGCGAUACGCUGAAAGCUUCAACCGAAGAGAUUGCGGAAGGAGGUGAUCAUUCAGGAGAACCGAAGACUUCGGUUGAACGUCCGGUGGAUCCAACAGAGGAAAAGGCUAUUGCACCGGAUAUUCAAGUUGAUAUUGGCAAUGAGAGCAGCGAUACGAUGGAAGCUUCAACCGAAGAGAUUGCAGAAGGAGGUUAUCUUUCAGGAGAACCGAAGACUUCGGUUGAAUGUUCGGGGAAACAUACCAUGGAAGAGCAAAAAUGUUCUAAUGAUUCAAAUAAUUCUGAGAUAGAUCCCAUUACUGGUCCACUUGAUGUACAGAUGGUGAAUGAAUACCGUACUUGGCUCCGAAACGGUCUGCUCGUGAGGCACGAUAGCAAAAAGAACAAUGAAAACCAUUACAAAAAAAAAAUGACAGUUUUUGACAAUGGAGUCAAAUACAAUUUUGGCAUCACAACUGUCAAUGAUAAGAACUGGUUUUACCUGUUAUCGAUGGAUGGUCAGCUUUGGAAUGACGAGCACAUUAACAUCAUUUUCUAUUACUUUCGGAAGAAAGGAAAGUACGAUAAAAGGACCAAUUUCAGCUUCACCACUGUUGACUGCCUAUUCAAGCAGAGAAUUGAUGUGGUCCACCACGCAUAUCGCAAUGUUGAAACACAGACAAAUGUCGCAAGUGAAGAGCAAGUAUUGAUUGAGUACGUUAAGGGCCACAGGCUUAUUGCCAAUGUCCCGUGGCAUACUGUUGACAACGUGCUAAUACCGGUGAAUAUACAAGAAGAAAAUCAUUGGUUAUUGGUACUCCUUUCAUUCAAGGACAUGCGUCUGUAUGUUUACAACUCGUAUCAAUCAGCCGGGCACAACGCAGUUGUUAGGAAUGAAAUAAAAAAGCUUGCUACACUGCUGCCACAUUUCCUACAUCUGGCUGGAUUCUAUGUAAAUCAAAAAAGCAUAGAUUUGGUGAAAGACCCAGCAUAUGCGGAUAAGGGACAGAUCGAUAUCCUUGAAGUUGUCUAUGUUGAUAAUCUUCCGCAUCAAACUGCUGCGCAUGCUGAGUAUUUGACAUCGGGUGAAAGGAUUCCAGAUGUCAUUGAUGCACACAUGCAGCGUAUGAGAUACGAUGCACUCUUAUGGGACUACGCUGAAGGCAAGGCUGCUGACAAUGCAGAGAGUGAUAAUGAAGUUCCACCAAGACCGAUUAGGCCAGCAAUCGAUUACGACACAGUAGAUGCAAUUGAUGUUUGA